AUGUCGAAGCCUGUGAAGAUAGAAUCACCCGCACAAUUCAGCGAGCUGCUGAAGACUUCCAAGAUCGUGGUCACUGACUUCUACGCAGAUUGGUGCCAACCGUGCAAACAAAUCGCCCCCAUCUACGAGCAGCUUGCUGCCCAGCUCACUCGUCCGAAGACCGUCACCUUCACCAAGGUUGACACCGAAGCGCAGAAGGAGAUCGCCGGCGCAUAUAAUGUCACAGCCCUGCCAACAUUCAUCGUCUUCCGCGACGGCAAGGCGGUAGAGAAGGUGCAGGGUGCAGAUCCACGCAAACUGCAAGCAGUGGUCAAGAAGCUGGCGGCCGAGGUUGAGAAUGUUGGCAGUGGCGGAGAGGCUAGCGGCAGCGGCAGCGGCAGCGGCGGUCUGGCCUGGAGAGGAGCGGACGUUCCUCGCGGCUACAGCGAUGUGACGGACCAGAUCGAGAUGCGAAGCUGCGAGCUACUCAACAUGGACUCCGACUUUGGCGAUGUUCGAGUGCUGUUCGAUGCCUCGAAGCCGGGCGCUCUGAGCGGAGGCAAGAAAACUGCGAAGGACUGGGUGGAGAGCGAUACAGACGAGCAGCUGAUGCUCUAUAUUCCCUUCCAGUCUAUGGUCAAGCUACAUACUCUCCAAAUCACCUCGAUCCCGCCAACGGACGACGAGGAUGCGCCGAUGAGACCGGCUGUCAUUAAGCUGUUCACUAAGCUUUCACACAACCUGGGAUUCGACGAGGCGGAGGACCUUGCAGCUACACAGGAGAUUGAGCUCUCUGAAAGCGACUGGAACGCCGAAGGCACGGCUAACAUCCCAUUGCGGUUCGUCAAGUUCCAGAACAUCAACAGCCUGGUGGUAUUCGUUGUUGCUGGCGACGGCUCCAGCGAGAAGACGCGGAUAGAUCGACUACGUCUGAUUGGAGAGUCAGGCGAGAAGCGUGAGAUGGGCAAGCUGGAGAAGAUUGGAGACGAGCCUGGCGAGUAG